AACAGAUCUGCGAGAGAAUCCACAGAGUUCAGAGGAUUCUGAUGUGACUAUGAAAUUAGGACUUGUGCCGUGUACUCACUUCUACGUAAGCCAGCCUGAAGGCUUCAGGUUUCUCGAUUGCUUACCCGGAAUUCCCUUUGAAAUGCACCGCAGCUGUAUACAGAUGAGAAAUCCUGCCUUGGGAAUUAUGAAACACCUCGAUAGAUCAUCCACUCUAUGACAUCCCUUCAAUAACAAGUAGCCUAGAGCGUUCAGCUGGAGGAUGUAUAAAAAAGCAUCGUCAUUCCUGGUCCCAUAAAACCUCAGACUCCUCCUGGGGUUACUUGUCUAUUCAUCUUUCUGGAAGAUUUAACGUUUUAGCUGAGCAAUGUCACAGCAGAAGCCACAACUUUCAGAGCUGUCAAAUGCUCCCAUGUAUUCACCUCCCAAAGGCCCAAACCUCUGUUUGACUCCCUGUUCCACUUCUUAUGGGACUUCUUGUUCAGUAGGCUGUUCUUCCCACUCGAAAAGGCUGAGGCUCCAGAACACUGUCAGCCGCAAGAAAAUUCAUCACCCACAACCUCGCUGUCUUAGGGGUGGUACCACCUAUCACUGCAAAGAAGAAGAGUGCUAAGAAACUGGGCACAAAGGAGGGUAAAUAACUACAACAACCUUUCCAGCUAAACUCAUGAAUUCCACCAGGAAGGCCAGACCCUCCCCCUCUCUUGGCUAGAAAAACAUUUCUUGUUUCUUUCUUUAGCCUACCCCUUUAGUUCAACAACAAUAAAAUUGACCAUGCUGC